CCAGGGAGUAAGAUUGGAUGACGUCAUCAGGGUCUGCCAUACCCUGGCUUUUGGUGAAAUGACGCCACUGCUCCGAUGGAUAUCAGAGACCACCUGGAUCACAGAAGUCUGGACCUGUCAUUUCUAAGAUUCCACUGGAGCCAUCCAGAUCAACAGCACUCGACCCAGCCCGCGAUGCAGAACCUCUUUGGCGCUUCACGAAGCGGUGAUUCGCUUCAGCAGCUCGCUUUCCAGGCCCAUGAGUCUGUAAGAGGAGCAGAUCCAAUGGACCGCUUCUGGAGCCUGUUACUAGCACUAGAGUCUCCUUCUGGAUCCAGCAGUCUCGUCAACACAGAGAAAAGUGCCAUUUCUGUAGGAUUCGACCACCUGGUCUCUCUCAGAGCUUCAACCCCGUCACCUCCGGCGCUGCCUGAACUGCAGGCGGAGGGUGUGAAACUGGACGAAGUUGCCCAUUGGAAGCAGAAUCCCCUGAGCAUCGUCACGAAUGCCCCCAGUGCUCAGGCUGAAGGACCAGUGGUUGGGUGCUGCUCCACAGGUCCCAUCUGGCCCGGCGAGGACGCUUUUGGCUUGAAUAAACCUUCGUUCUACAUUGAGAGAGAAGCGAUGCGUCAUAAACAAGCUGCAGCACUAGAGUCUCCUUCUGGAUCCAGCAGUCUCGUCAACACAGAGAAAAGUGACAUUUCUGUAGGAUUCGACCACCUGGUCUCUCUCAGAGCUUCAACCCCGUCACCUCCGGCGCUGCCUGAACUGCAGGCGGAGGGUGUGAAACUGGACGAAGUUGCCCAUUGGAAGCAGAAUCCCCUGAGCAUCGUCACGAAUGCCCCCAGUGCUCAGGCUGAAGGACCAGUGGUUGGGUGCUGCUCCACAGGUCCCAUCUGGCCCGGCUCGGAUGCUUUUGACUUGAAGAAACCUUCGUUCUACAUUGAGAGAGAAGCGAUGCGUCAUGAACAAGCUGCAGCACUAGAGUCUCCUUCUGGAUCCAGCAGUCUCGUCAACACAGAGAAAAGUGACAUUUCUGUAGGAUUCGACCACCUGGUCUCUCUCAGAGCUUCAACCCCGUCACCUCCGGCGCUGCCUGAACUGCAGGCGGAGGGUGUGAAACUGGACGAAGUUGCCCAUUGGAAGCAGAAUCCCCUGAGCAUCGUCACGAAUGCCCCCAGUGCUCAGGCUGAAGGACCAGUGGUUGGGUGCUGCUCCACAGGUCCCAUCUGGCCCGGCUCGGAUGCUUUUGACUUGAAGAAACCUUCGUUCUACAUUGAGAGAGAAGCGAUGCGUCAUGAACAAGCUGCAGCACUAGAGUCUCCUUCUGGAUCCAGCAGUCUCGUCAACACAGAGAAAAGUGACAUUUCUGUAGGAUUCGACCACCUGGUCUCUCUCAGAGCUUCAACCCCGUCACCUCCGGCGCUGCCUGAACUGCAGGCGGAGGGUGUGAAACUGGACGAAGUUGCCCAUUGGAAGCAGAAUCCCCUGAGCAUCUUCACGAAUGCCCCCAGUGCUCAGGCUGAAGGACCAGUGGUUGGGUGCUGCUCCACAGGUCCCAUCUGGCCCGGCUCGGACGCUUUUGACUUGAAGAAACCUUCGUUCUACAUUGAGAGAGAAGCGAUGCGUCAUGAACAAGCUGCAGCACUAGAGUCUCCUUCUGGAUCCAGCAGUCUCGUCAACACAGAGAAAAGUGACAUUUCUGUAGGAUUCGACCACCUGGUCUCUCUCAGAGCUUCAACCCCGUCACCUCCGGCGCUGCCUGAACUGCAGGCGGAGGGUGUGAAACUGGACGAAGUUGCCCAUUGGAAGCAGAAUCCCCUGAGCAUCUUCACGAAUGCCCCCAGUGCUCAGGCUGAAGGACCAGUGGUUGGGUGCUGCUCCACAGGUCCCAUCCGGCCCGGCUCGUACGCUUUUGGCUUGAAGAAACCUUCGUUCUACAUUGAGAGAGAAGCGAUGCGUCAUAAACGAGCUGCAGCCGUGAAUUAUGCCACUUACACCUGGGAAGGGCAACUUCCUCCACGCCACUACGAAAACCCUGUUUACUCCUGUAAAGUGUUCCUGGGAGGUGUGCCGUGGGGCAUCACAGAUGGACUUCUCUGGGACAGGGAUGAGCGCCUUGGAGCAGUGAUUCUGUUGAACACAUUUAGUGUGUUUGGUCCACUGAGCCUUCAUUGGCCUGGUAAAAAUGGUAAAAACCCACACAUUCCUCCGGGAGGUUAUGCGUACCUGUUGUUUAAGCAGGAGGAGUCAGUGAAGAGGCUCCUGCAGUCCUGUACUCAACACCGCCUGCAGCCUGACAAUUAUAUCGAGUUCUUCUGCAAACUGUCUAGAAGGCGGAUCCACUGCAAAAAUGUGCAGGUCAUCCCGUGGGUUAUCUCAGACAACAAUUUCGUCCGUUGUCCCUCCCAGCUUUGCUGCCACAAAAGGACUGUGUUUGUGGGCGCUCUGCACAGGAUGCUAAAUGCAGAAGGUCUGGCCCACAUCAUGGACAGUCUCUUCGGAGAGGUCACCUACGCAGGCAUCAACACAGACAUGCACGGAUAUCCCAUAGGUUCUGGCAAGGUCACAUUCAGGUAUGAGGGGAGCUACUUGAAAGCCGUGACUGCAGCGUUUGUGCAGAUAAAAACCUGCAGGUUUCGCAAGAAGAUCCAGAUUGACCCGUAUCUGGAAGACUCCAUAUGCCAAAUAUGUAACAGUGAGCCCGGCCCGUUCUUCUGUAGGGCCCAGGCUUGUUUUAAAUACCACUGUCGCUCAUGCUGGCAUUCACAGCACUCUCUGGAUGUGAGCAGCAAGCAUCAGCCUCUUAUGCGCAAAUAGACGGGCCUGAACACCAAAUAAACCCAGCACUGGCGUGGGGAAGAGUACAGAUUGAUUUAUUUUUACUGUAUAUAAACUGCAAAUAAAUGUAGAGUUCGUUUUUUUUUUUUUUUUUUUAAUUUAAAUUCAACAACACUGACAAUUUAUUAAAAUAACCCCAUUCAAAAGUU